AGAGGCACGCGAUACCUUCGCCAUUGCCGAAGUAAAGUAGCACCAAAGUAGUGUCGGCGGCGGCGUCUUCAUCGGUGGAAAAUGCAGCGAUCUCAGUUGCGGCGUCUCUCUUCAGCCGCUUUUCCUCGUUGUUCCUUCAAUGGCUGCUUCGCGUCCCGCAGUAUCGCUUCAUCAUUCUCUCUUCCCUCCCCCUGCCCUCCUCUCCACCAUCCACCGCUUGGCUUCCUAUCUCAGUAGUUGCCGAACCCCUCCGCCGUCCUCUGACCUUCACCGCAACCUCAGCGCCCUCCAUGCCUCCCUUCUCAGAACAGCAACGCUUGUGGACUACGUCACCCGCCUCCCUCCCUCCCUGACGGGAAAACUUGUAGAUGCCAUCUUCGCCGCCGACGACUUGGUCGACCAGCUGGAGUACGAGUCUCUGCAAAAGCAGGUUGAGGAAAUGGAGAAAGCCGAAGCAGAGAAGGACGGCGUCGGCGGGAAGAUAGUCGAUCUCAGUGUCUUCCGCGGAUUCCAGACCGGCGAGGACGACGACACCGCAAACCUAAAACUUGCUGCACCCUCGUCCUCGAUCAGUGGAAGCUUGCGGCGGCCCGCGCUGAAUCCAUCUGUGGAAACGGAGGCGAAAGGUGCGGAAUUGACGCUCGAAUCCAAUACGGAUCGUGGCCUGGAUGUUGAAUCGCGUGUUCCUGAUCCGUCCAUUUGUGGUUGCUUCUGUUCUUCCAAGACCAAGAAGCAAAGGGAAACUAGGUCUUCUAGGUUUCUCUCCUGCUGCUUCGGUUUCAACAAGGACUCUCGUUCCGCCGUCAAUGGUAAUCAUGCUGCAAAGAAGGAAGAUUCUAUCACAGUUGCUGCAAGAACCGAAAUUGGUGGCGAAAUUGGUAGUGGCACACAAAAGAAUGAUCUCUCAUCAUCCCAAGUAAGCAAUUCUGAGGGUCAAAAAAAUUCUUUGGAAGAAAUUAAUGUUGAUAGGAUUAUGAAAAUUGUGGAAUCGCUGGAUAUAGUUUCUGCUUAUCUCAGGGAGUCCACGGGAAUCUCAUUCUCAACUUGUGAUCUUGAAAGUCCACAUGAGAUCUUGCACAAAGAAAAAGCUGCCUCAAGUUUAAGUUUAGGAGAUUUGUUCUUCUACAAUGAUGAGAAAGAACAAUUGGUGAAAGAAUUGUUGAAAUUUAAUGAGGAUAAUGUCUGUAUCUUCCCCAUAUUGGGACCAAGGGGUGUUGGGAAAACUACUCUUGCUCACUUUGUGUAUCAAGAUGAGAGAAUAGAGGAGUACUUCCAUUCAAGGGUGUGGAUUUGUGCUUCUGAUGAUCUCAAUUCCAUGAGAAUUACAGGAGUGACUGCAGAUCCCCCUUCAAUUAGCACACCCCUUGCUGCUCGUGAGCUUGAGAAGUUGAAAUUCAUGGUCAGGAACCUGCAGGAUCAGUUGAAGGAAAAGAGAUUCUUGCUUGUGCUUGAUGAUGUUGAGAGCAUUGAGUGGGUCAUGCAAUUUGCCUCCUUGAAAGAUUGUGGAAAGGGCAGCAAAAUUAUCAUCACAGCUAGAGAGGAAGGUGUGAUAGAUGAAAGAGGGAAGGGGAACAAAAUUCUUCUCAAGGGUGUGAUAGAUGAAGGAAAUCACUUUCUUUCGUUCUUCAACUGGUGUGCUUUCAAUUGUGAAGAUCCACAAAACUAUUCAGAGCUACAGGUUAUCUCCAAGAGGAUAUCCACCUUGCUAAACGGUAAUCCACUCGCGGCAAAGGCAGUCGGAGGGGUUUUGCAAACCGAAUUUACGGAUGCACACUGGACCAGAAUUUUAAAUGAGUUGCUGGAAUUGAAAGAUGACCUUACUGACAUUAUGCCUGUUCUUAUGCUGUGUUACAAUCAUCUCCCUCCACACCUUAAGUGGUGCUUUGCAUAUUGUUCAGUAUUCUCCAAAGGUUAUCCAUUUGAUGCUCAAAACUUAAUUAACAUGUGGAUAUCACUAGGUUUCGUUGAACCAACAGAUUCAAAUAAGACAGUGGAGGAUGUCGGAAGAGAGUAUCUUGAUGGUUUACUAUCCAGGUCUUUUCUUGAACUCCCUAUCUACAAUAGAUCUUACUGGAGAUCUAGAUACUAUGCAAUGCACAACUUGAUGUAUGAUUUGUCAAAAUCUGUUGGAGUCAAAGAGUGUUUAGUGUAUGAAAAUGAAACCAUUUACCAGCUUUAUUUGGAUCGGUGGAAAUACUUCAGAUCCUUUAUUUGCAACUCAAAGCAUGUUAUCAAUUUUGGAGUGUUAUCGAGGAUCAGGGUCCUGGACUUGUCUUACAGUGGUAUGAAGCAGCUAUCAAAUUCUAUUGGUAAUUGCAUACACCUCAGAUACUUGAAUCUGGAUGGGAAUAACCUUUACAAGUUGCCUGAGUCAUUGUGCAAGCUUUAUCAUUUAAAAUUUCUUGCAGUUCCUGAGAAUUGCCACAGAUUACCGGAAAGGUUCAACAACCUAAUCAAUUUGCGGCAUCUAAAUGCUAGCGAAGAAGCAAUAGCUUGGAUAGCUAAUAAAGGAAGGCUAGCUAGACUUCAAGAGUUGAAGAAAUUCCAUGUUAGAUUAAAGAAAGGAUAUGAUAUAGGGCAAUUGAAGGACCUAAUAGAGCUUAAGGGAGAACUUUGUAUUCAGGAUCUCAAUGAUGUUGGAAGAAAGGAGGAAGUGAUCGAAGCCGACUUGAAUGGAAAAACUAGAAUUGAGAAGCUGCAACUGAAAUGGCGAACAUGGAGGAAGGAAGGACUCCGUGUUGAUGCACAGGAAGUACUUGAAUCCCUCAAGCCACCACCAUGUCUCAAACAUCUGGAAAUACAUAGUUUUGGAGGAAGCCAAUCUCCUGGUUGGCUAGAAGACCAAUCUCUCAUAUUCUUGCAAUCUAUCCAUCUCAAAAAUUGUAAUAAGUGGAAUCAACUCCCACCAUUUGGCCACUUGCCUCACCUUAAGGUUCUCAAAAUUGAAGGUAUGAACGUCAUAGUAGAUGGAGGCACAUGGAUGAUUGAUCCUUACCCAUCCUUGAGAGAGCUAUACUUGGAUAACACAUCGAUAAUGUUUGAGGAUAUUUCGUGGCAAGAACAACGCUGCAAGUGCUUUCUUAAACUUAAGAAAUUAGUUGCUGUGAAGUGCAAAAGAGUAGGAGGAUUACCUCCACUUGCAUUGCUUUCAUCACUGGAAGAGCUAGAGAUAAAAAAGUCACCUGAUCUUGAAAGCCAGCUCUCCGGGUGUUUGAAGCACCUAAAGUCACUUACAACAUUAAAGAUGUCAGCACCAAACCUCACUCACUUUCCAUGUCAGGUGUUGCAACACUUGAAGUACUUGGAAAUUGAUGGUUGUCAAAGUCUAGUAUCUUGGUUGAUCGACAACGAAGAGGAUGUUCAUCAUUCAUCUCUUGUAUCUCUCAGCAUUGUGAACUCACCCCUUCCAGCAGGACCAGUUUUAGUUAAAUUCCUAACCUCUAUUCGAGAGCUACGAAUUGAUCAGUGCAUCAAAAUCUCAUCCUUCAGCAAAGAGCAAAAGGAGUGGUUUGCAAGCCUGAUUUCACUCGAGAAAUUGUCCAUUUCUAACUGUGCUCAACUACGUGAGCUACCUCCAAAUCUGCAUCAACUCCUUUCACUCAAGCAGAUGAUCAUACAAGGCUGUCCAAAUUUAGACUCACUACCCAGCAAUCUGCCUGAGUCUCUCAAAGUAUUCGAAAUUUUGAAAUGCAAUUCAGUUCUAGUGUCCCAAUUGCUAGGCGAGGAAGCUCCUGAUUGGAUUAAACGUAUUCCCUUCCGAUAUAUUGCUUGAAGGCAUGAGAUAUGUUCAGCAGAAGAAAUGUAAUCUGAACUGCAAAACUUGUUUUUGGAGUGUGAUAGAGUUGUGACUGCAUGGAUUUUGGGAUGAAAGAGUUGUGACAAGGGAUUUGCAGCAUAGGAUCUACUUAUCUAUGGGUAAGCGGAUCAAACUUGCUGUUGUUUUGUGGAGUCAAAGAUUUUUUUUGCUUUUUUAUGUUUUCAGUUAUACGAAGGGGAGCCUUGACGUAAUGGUAAAGUUGUCAUCGUGUGACCAAAAGGUCAUGGGGUUGAAUCUUGAAAACAGUCUCUUGCAAAAAGUAAGGUAAAGUUGCAUACAAUGAAUCCUUUCCCGAGACUUGCAUGGCAAGAGUUUCAUGCACCGGAUUAUUAUUAUUAUUUUUUUUAUGUUUUCAGUUAUAUUUGGUCAAUUCAGUCAAUCGGUUUGAUGAAUAAUUCUAGCCACAAAAGGCCUUACAGAUAGGGUUUGAAUUGUUCUUGGUAACUUUAUCUACUAAUGUGAAGCAGUGUGUUAAACAAGCCAAGGAUGCUCAAGUCUGUGCUCACUUGUUGCAAGCUCUACAUAUCCGAAAGCCGAAGUGCUCUUGCCCUGAAAUCGAUUGAUCAAGCUUCCAAGGCACAUCCAAAAGCUUUGGUCCUCAACAAAGUCAAGGAUGAGGUUUACAGUCGAGUUGGAUAUACAAUUUUUUUGCAACUCGCCAUGGAUGCAGCUCCAAUAAGGAAUGCAGUGUUUGACAUGGUGAAAGCAGCCUUUGCAUCCAUCAAUCUGGAGUUGCACUCUGGAAGCCACCCUCAUCUUGGAGUUGUCGAUCACAUCUGCUUCCAUCCUUUGUGGCACAGGCUUCGCUGGACCAAGUUGCAGCGGUUGCAGAGUCAGUAGCAACUGACAUUGGCUACACGCUCAAAGUACCGAUCUAUCUCUAUGGAUCAGCUCAUGAUGGAGGUGUUGGUGUUAAGAAGGUGAAAGGGUGUCUCUUCUCCUUCAUCUUCCAACUCUUUCAUCUUUCUUUAUUAAUGGAGGUAGAGGAAGAGUCAUCUUCCUCUAUAAAAGAGCGUCCAAGGCAAUUGGUGCAAGAGAGAAAGAGGGGUGCAUGCAUCAGGAAAAGGUUGUUGCGUUGUGUACGUAGAUGAGAUCGAAGUAUAAUAGAAGUAUUGUCGGAAUUUUGCCGAGACUAUGUGUCUUGUAGAGAAGAACAUCCGAGCCUUGGGAUUUGGUUCGUGGAAUCAUGAAGAGCUUUUCCAUU